UCUCUCAUUCUCUCGCUCUCGCCUCCCAUCUGCCUUCCUCGAGUAACCCACAACAACACUCAUCUCGUCUGAAACAUCUCCUACUGAACUACAUAGAGAACGUCUCAUGGGGUUCGUCUUCGGACCAUUGUUUCAUCUCUUAUAUCAACAACGGCGACUGAACAGUUGAUCUUCUCUCCCUCCUUGUCAGCCUUUCGGCUCCCGGACAGGCGGAGGAUCGAUACAAAGGGCUAUUAGAGAGCACUGGAGCCUCUCAUGGCACAGCAAAACACCUCAGUAUGACCAACAUCAGUCUCGAGGACCUUUUGGUCAUGGAAGCGAAUUGCGACCGCGACGAGACUGUCGACCUGCGGUCACUGGACUAUGUUUCCAGCUACGAUGACCACCUCAUGUGUCCGAUAUGCCACUGCCCCUUCAUUCACCCGGUCCGGUUAAAGUGUGACCACGUAUUCUGCCAGAAAUGCCUGGUCUCAGCCAUUAAGACCUCUGCAGCAGCCCAAGACGAUUUUACCUGCCCUGCCUGUCGCACACCCACGGGCGGCAUCUAUCUCAAACUGCCCCGCCUUUUGGUCAACAUGUGCGACGAAAUCCGGGUAAGGUGUCCAUUCCGGAAUGAAGGUUGUGAGGAAGUAGCGCCGAGGGUGUUCAUCCAAACCCAUGUGGACAAGUACUGCGGGUACAGGUUGAUGGACUGUCCACUGGACUUGUGUGGCUUGAAGACACGGAAGAAGGAUCUCGACCCGGAUGGGAGAUGCCUGCAUGAACUUCACCAAUGCGCGCGCUGUGAGGGGAACAUCAUGGAACAAGACUAUGAGGAGCACAUUACCGAAUUAUGCCCCAAUCUGCAAACCACCUGUCCGGACUGCCAUACCACGAUUCUCCGAAGAGAACUCAAGCAGCACACAGACUCAUGCUCUGAAACCAUUCACACCUGCAGCGCCUCGAAGUAUGGCUGCCCCAUUCAGCUCCGGCGCGCCGACCUGGCCACACACGAGCAGACCUGUCCACUGAUCUCGAUGGGCCCGUAUUUCGACGCGCAGAAUGCCCGUCUCGACUCCCUCGAACUCACCAUCCGCCAUCUCAAACAACGCAACGAGAUUUUCGAGGACGGGUUGGCGAACAUCCGCUCCACCCUCGCCCAAUCACCUACCGCACUCGUUGGCUCGGACGGCCGUGUGACUGCCUCCAGUCCAACCCGUCGCAACAACAACGACCCGGCAACAUCCAGCAGUCAGUCCCAAAUCGAUAGCUCCAACCAAUACACCGCCACCACGACCAACUACCUCCUCUCGCUGCACGAAUCCCUCCGCGAGGAGGUCGGACAACUGUCUCACGCCAUCACAGAUCUCGACGCCCGCGCCAGCAUGGCGAUCAUGAGCGAGUGCCUCCGCAUCAAAGAGGACAUGGCCCACACCAACGCCGCCCUGGGCAGCAUUCGCAUGCAGGUGCAGUGGCUUCUAAACCCCCGGCUUCAUCAGCAUCAGAGCUCACAACGGACUGGCGGUGUCCGCAUCACCACGCCCGGUGGUAGUAAUCCCGCUGCUGCUGGACCUAGCACAACCACUAUUCCGCUUCGUCCGCGCAGACUUAGUGACAGCGGACGCGAAGGGACGAAGCUUUAGAGACCCUCGAUUUUGCCUUCCUUCACUACACUCUCAGCCUUUCUUCAACAAUGGCUAGCUCACCCAAUAUAGCUACCAAACCACCAACGACGAGACGCAGUCGAAUAUCCCAAUUCAGCUUCACACUCUGACUUUCUUACACUAUCAGCGUUGGCUUUUUUUUUUCUGUUUUCACAGGCGUGAAUCGCGGCGCCAUGGAUAGAUUGCAGGCGCAUCCAUCUUACCUUCUGCAUUUUUUUUCUCGGGUCAUCACUGUCAAUUGCCAGCCUGGCUAUCUUUCGUUUCGCUUCGUACCUAGUCACACUACCCCUGUGGCAGAUGAAGCUGGUAUAUACAUAGAAAUCUG